UCAUUCGAACAUGAAAUUCACGAUUCACAAAUUUACUUGUUCAUUCAUUCAGUCGUCAACAUCUGUUGAGGAAGGUUGUGCUUACGCAAGUAAGUAGGGAAAUUACGCGCUAACUUCGUAUACGCCAUUCGGUUUUGCGAAUUAUUGUGGAGAUUUUGUGAUUAAUCAAAUAAAGUGAAAAUUGGUGGUUGAAGAUACCAGGAAUAAAAAGGGAUUUAUUUAUCACUAUUUUUAUGACGUUCGAGUGCGCCAGUGAGAGCAUGCCGUCGCGCGCCCGCUGCGAGCGCGUGCCGCCCGCCGACGGCGGCGGCUGGACCGCGCUGCACCUCGCCGCCUUGCAGGAGGACGACUUGCCAUUAGACCCGCGGUCGUGGGGCCGCGCGGAGGUGGGCCGCUGGGUGGCGCGGCGCGGCGGGCUGCCCGAGCGGUUCCCCAUGAACGGGAAGGCGCUCUGCCUCAUGACCAAGGAGAUGUUCGCCAGCCGCGUGCCGCACUCCGGCCACGCGCUGCACCAGGAUUUCAGAAGAAGAUUAGCAAAGGCGUUGGCCCUUCAGGAGUUGUUCGAGAAGAUGUCGCCUAUGUAAUGUACAAACAGGAAUGUUUGGAACUUCCCCAGGAUCGUCCUUUCUGAAUCGAUUUUUAUAAUUGGACUGGAGGCAGUGGACGUGCGUGUAUAUAACACUGUUGUAAUAUAUACAUAUUUUUCUAUCGACUUAAGAGAAUCGUGUUAGUGAAUUAAAAACAAAUACUUUAAUGAGAAAUUAUCAAAUGUAGGCAUGUGUAGGUGUGCUUUGUUAUUUUACAAGGUUUCUCGAAAUAGUGGCAGGUGUUAAUUGUAAUUCGACAUUUUUAACAAAUUCUGCUUUCUACAUUCAUGUUUCAUUUACAGGAUAGCAGUGCAGUAGUUUGUUUUUUAUUUGGUAGAUGGCGCGUUGUUAAAAAUGUUGGAAAUUGGCAAAGCGCCAGAUACAGCUCGCUCCACCACUUUGCUAGAUUGCUAGUAAUGCAGAUUACCAGUCCCGUUGCUAACAAUCCACCCUAUCAUGUCGAUCUCCACAUGGUUCCCCCUGGUAACCAUCGCGGUUACCAGGUUUCUAGUGGAAUUCGUUACGAUGGGCUAACUGACCUGCUUUCAUUCUCACCUAUCACUUGUCACUGGUGCCCCGCCAGUGUAUACCGAUAGCACAGGCGGGUUACCAUACCACUAUCAACCAUUAAAAUAAAACAGUUUGUCCUAUUGGAAGGUUAAAUAUUUCAAGCUAAACUAUUUUCUAAUACAAUAUGUGAUGGAAAAAAUAUUGCAGUCACCAAUCUAUUCUAUUUUUAUUUUAGUGAUGGAGAUAUCACAUGAUAUCCUUCCAUUACCGUUCUUAUUAUUAUGUUCCUAUUAUAUAUAU